AUGUCGAUUCCUGAAAGUCCCCAGAAUCCCGGACCUUUCCCUGCGCAACACGGAUACGUGGAUGUGCAAGCCAAGACGCACAAAUACAAGGACGAGCCCACGGCCUUGCCCGGCCAGCCAUCUAAGGCGCAGCAGUUCAUCAGCUCUAAAACGGACCGGCAGCACCAAAAGAAGUACGGCAAGAAAGCCCUCAAUUUCCUCAUGAAGACGUUGUGCAAGUGA